UGACGCGGGAGACUCCAACUCCCAUGAUGCAUCGCGGCGGAGCAGAGCCAACCCGCUGGCUCUGCCGUCGAGCUGCUCAUCGUCGCUGUCUCUCGGACCCGCAGGAGGAGAAAUGGCUGCAGCUCUGUCCCGUGCCCUCAAACUACCCGGGAAGAAGGGCUCGGAGCUUGGCGAGUACGACCCUCUCACCCAAGCAGACAGCGAGGACGAGAGCGAAGAGGACGACCUUGUCCUCAACUACCCCCGAAAUGGCCUCGGCAGGGACGGCUGCCUCGGCGCCAGCUCCUCCAAGCUGCGAAGUGGCAGAUCAGGAAGACUCGUGGGGGCCGACGAUGAGGCUCAGGAGGACGAGGAGGAGGAAGAGGAGGACGAGUGGAGAGAACGUCUCCCCAGCAAAUCCAGGCAGGACAGGGAGGAUGGGAAAGGCGUGCAGUACUGGAGCCACAGGGACUCAGGCAGGGACAGAGGCGGGGAGGACAGAGGAGGGCCCGGGCCCUUGGGGGGUUCUGGGCUGGGGGCUCAUAGCACCGAAGCAGAAGAGAAGAGGCUGAGGAUGAAGAACGCUAUCCGGAGUGCGUUCUUCCUGGUGCCUCUGGUCUGUGCCGCUCUGCUCGUGCUGCUGUGUGCAUUUCUGAUUCCGUGCCGGAAGGGAGAACUGGAAAAGAGGCCGCAGUGGGAGAGAGCACUGGGAGAUGCGGGAGGUGUCACACCGCCUGCGCUGGCGUUAUGGGAUGUCGAUGGUGAUUCAGUGGAGGAUGUGUUUCUGGGUGUCACUGAAUGGACCAAUGACACCCAUCCCACACAAGGGAACAAAAUUUACAGCGCGGUGGCCUUGUCUGCCGUCAGCGGUCAGGUUCUGUGGAGGAAAGUCAUGAAGGAGUCCGUGAUGUACAUCCAGUGUGGUCUGCAGUACAGCACCCAGCCGUCCCCUGUGGUCCUCCUCGUUGGGAAAUCCAUCCUCAUGGCGGUCAACGGCACCACAGGGAAGACCUUGUGGUCAGUCCUGCUUAAGAACAUUGAAUCCCAGGCGGUUUUACUUCCAGACCUCCAGGGCGACUCGGUCCCAGAUCUGCUGAUAGCCACCCUGCCUGCGGAUGAGCCGUUGGAUCUCUCCCUGACGUUGAUCUCGGGGCUGACGGGGGCGAAGCUCGGAGACCCCGUGCCUUUCAACCUCACUGGACAAGGAAAGCUGAUGGGUCCUCUGCUGCAUGAGACACAGCAAGGGGCUUACUACAUCCUCUUUGGACUGGGUAAUGUAGAGGCCAUCUCUCUACAUGAUAUCUACAUUAGAGCUGAUAGCAAGAUGCCCAUCACUCAGGCCCUCAGAAGGAAGGAUCCCGGGUGGGAGGGGCUCAAGAAAACCAACUCCUCCUCCUUCAUACACAUUUACAGAGGAUCUGAGCGAGUGGAGUUCCUGCUCCCUCUUGUGGCUGGUUUUGGUAACAGCCACAACGGCCUGGACACUGUUUCUAACCUCAACUCCACCAAAAGUGACUGGGUGCUGGUGUACGGCUCCAGCAAACUGUCCGUGCUCAGACAGAAGGACGUACGUAAAGAAUGGACCUUCAACUCGGCUCCCAUUCACAGCCCACCGGCCCCAGGACACUUCAACGAUGACGGAAUCCUUGAUCUCUUCAUUCAGCAUUCAGCAAAUGGCACCAUGAAGGCGCUGGUUGUUGAUGGUGCAAAUGGGCAUCUUCUUUGGUCGGCAGAGUUUGUGUGUCCUCAUCUUGUUUUGGAAACCUCCCCCAUCUCCACCUCAACUGGCCAAUCAGCUUUCCUCUUCUGGGCAAGCGAUCCAAUCAGAGCACAGAAGAAUGCCACCAAGACAACCGUGUCACCGGGUGCUGCUUCAGCGGAGCCGCUCAUCAGGAAACUCUUCCUGUUGCACCCCGCGCAUCCCACAAUCCUUCUGGAGCUCACCAGCACCACGGACACGGCAGUAACCUCUGCAGUGAGUUACCAGGAGCGCCAGAAAGACGCCUCCUACAUCACCGUGUCCUCCCGACCCACGCCCGAUUCUGAGCCCGGCGCCCGGAUAGUCAAGAGCAUGAGCCUCAGAGCGGCUAUCACCAAGGGACAAAUAGUCAGAGUGGAGGAGAGCAACAAGUCCGGGGGACCCGUCAAACCAGGCGUGUUUGAGGUCAACAAGUUCUUCAGGGGGCUGUCCUUCAAACACCAGUGAGGAGCCAUCGCUGCUACCGUGUCCUCACAGGAAGCGGGGCAACUCAAAGGACUCAUGCAAGGUUGAAAGGAUGACACUGAGAAUUCAUUUGGAGAUGUAUAUUGUUUGGUUCACUUAAGUAUGAAUUUGAUUUCUGUUACUUGAGAUUUCUGCGCAAAGAUUAUUUGUAGUUAGGUUGUGUUUUUAUUGCUUUGGUUUUUAUUAUGUUUGUACAAAGUUUAUUUAAAUUAUUUAACUUGCAUUUUUGGGAGGUCUUGAAUAUUUAAUUGAAUGUUGACAAUUGUUUGGACUUGAUGCCAAGAAGAGUAACUUUAUACUGUAGUUUAUUAUUGACAGUGAAGCACAAUAAUCCUGUAAACGUGUUUACAGUUUGCAGCACUCGCAUAACUCUUCUAAGGCCAGUAUAUUCUCGUGGCUUCAUUUUGUUCUCAUAAACCACUAAUAGUGUUCAUUCUGCUCAUCACCAAGUUGGAGUCUGUAAAUAUUUAAUGCUGUACAGUAUUUAUUGAAUCUGCUUCAACGUUUUGAACUUUCUUGUUUAACUUGUUGAUUUAUGUUGCGGAAUAUUUUAUGUUUAAAUAUUCAAGUUUCAAGUUUUUUCCCCCUCAGAAUAUAUGGCUGCUAAAGGUUAUGGCAUUUAAUUGUAAGCUGCAACUUCACAUAUCACCAG